CUGCCCAUGGCAGGGGGUUGGAACUAGAUGGAUUUUAAGGUCCUUUCCAACCCUAACUAUUCUAAGAUUCUGUGAAUGUUGUGUUCUCCUCCAUAACUCCAUGCUGAUGUAGAUUUCUAGCUGGGAACUUCCAUUUAAAAUAUUAAGAACUACAUAAUGUGAGGACCAAAAAGAUUGACCUCUUUCAAAAUAGUUCCCAACAUCCCUGGUUUCAAUUGUGUGAGAUGUGUUAAAGGAAGUCUUUUAUAAUGGAUAGCACUAGAAUAACCAUUUUUGGCAUUUUAUUUCCCUCUGCUAUCAUUCAAAUCAAGGCAUACACUAAGUUUUCCCAGCAGUUCUGCUCCUCCAUGGCCUCUGAUCUCUUCCAUGCUGUUCUGCAUGCUUAUACACAGCAUUGGCCAGAGUGUGCAUUAUUCCCCUGUCUGCAGUCCUACCUUGUUUAUGUGCUGGAUGUUCACAUAGUCUGUUUUCUCCUUCUCUAUUGAAUAGAUCCGCCACUGCCUUUCUUCUCCCAAUAAAAAGCCAUAGUUAGGACUAAUGUUUUGUUUAUUUUUAAAGUUUCCUUUGACUGUGGCUAGAAGAAUUAACACCCUCCGCCUUUGGACAGAACUGCCUGUUCUCAGGAUGCUGCUUCGUCUUCUCAAUGGGCUGAGGCUACGAGUUGUUGGUUUGAAGCUCCACAAACUGGGUACAGGCUCCUGUCAGCACCAGUGACAGCAAAGCCUAGCCAGGAAAAACAAGUGGGUGGCCUCAUUCCUUUUGAGAACAAUGGGAAAUGACAAACCAUUUCUGGGUGGUAUAAGAGCUUGCAGUGGAGCAGACGAAUGCUGGAUGUGCAGUAGUGCUGGUGCUGAAGAAAAGAUUUUCCUUAGGAAAAUGGUCCCUCAGUCUAGUAGAAAUCUCCCUUCCCUGCAAAAAAUCCCAAUGUGAUGUAGCCUCUCCAUGACAUCCUGCAGGGUUUAACAGAAAGGGAUGGUGUAAAAGCUUCCAUUGCUUGUUGUGUCAGGCAGAACAAUCGGGUACAUUUCAGGCCUCUAGAUUUCCUCAAGAACCCAUUUCUGAGCAAUGUCACCUUAGAAGCUAAUUCACCACCGUGGUUGUGACUUCUUAUGCUUUUUCCUGAGCACAAACUGCAGCAGGUGAUGCGAGGCUGUGCUGAAAUUCUCACAACUGAGGCAGGGCAUCAAAGUGUAAGAUUUCAUUGUAACUGUAAAGCUGAGGAGGCUCCUUUUACACUAGGGUCGCUUGGUGGUUUUUUCCUUGAGCUUGGGAAUUGCUUCUUAAAUGGUGUGCCUUUUCCUGGUGCAAGUGAGGAAAACUGAGAGGUUGUUGCGGGCUCGGGGGGGAGCUGGAUCCCACCCAACUCCUCUGCCCCAGUGCUGCACUGGCCAAGUGGUUGCUGCAGGGGGAUGCUUUGCGCUGAUUUCCAUUCACAUUUACUUUGUGCUUUGUGGGAUGUUCAGCCCAAGGAACAUGACUGAACGAAAGAGGAAGCCCAAGUUUUCCAAGGAAGAACUGGACAUUCUGGUCACUGAGGUGACCCGAAAUGAAGCCAUGCUGUUUGGGAGGGAGACAAUACGUCUAUCCCCUGCUGACAGGGACGAGAUCUGGGGAAGCAUAGCCAGGCAGAUCACAUCAGUCAGCCAGGUGCCCAGGUCUGUGAAAGACAUUAAACACAGAUGGGACGACAUGAAGAGAAGGACCAAGGACAAACUGGCCUUCAUGCAGAGGUCCCUGUCCAGCCCCGGCAGCGCGGGGCGGCCCUCGGCCAUCGUCCUGACUGCCCACGAGAGAGCCAUCAAGUCCACGCUGCAUUCGACACGCCAGAGGCACAGCUUCCGGAGAGCGGAUCUGGACAUGGUUGACAGCCCGUCAACAACCUCUGAUGAAGAUGAAGAGAUGCCAGGCACUUCUCGGGAACACCGCUUCUCAUCGCUGCGGAGGGCCAGGGCAGGAGCCAACCAGCAUUCCGGGUCCUCCUUCCUCCACCUUUCUUCCUCCUCGGAGCACUCGGAAGCCGCCAGCCAAAGGCAGGAGCUGCACUGUCCAUCCCCACGCACCACCUCGUCCUGCAGACCCCCGCGCUCCCACACAAAGAGCCCUCCCCUUUCCAGCUUCGACCGCCAGCUUCUCCAUUCCCACAUGCAGCAAACAGACCUGUUCAGGCAGUUCUGCCAGGACCUGGUGGCUGUUCACAGGAACAUGGCAGACAGCAUGCAUGUCAUCGCUCAGAACAUGGCUAACCUCACCAGCCAGGUUGGCCAGUUGUGCCAGACCCUAUCAGAAAUCCGGGAUGGGGUCCAGGCUUACCGUAGGAUACAGGAUCCUGGUGUCACGGAGGGCCCUCUGCUGCAAGCAGCUUGCUCAGAACAGCCCCCUGAGCCCAGUGCAGAGUCUAGCCAAGACACCCCAAAACAGACCCCUCCUGCACGGAUUACCAGGUCACAGAAGAGAAAAUACCAUCUUUAGUCUGCAUUAUAUAAAGAAGGGUGCCCCUUCCUUGAGCAUGCUCAUGUGGCCUCUCCAUCUGUAACAGUACGCUGUGAGGAGGGUCAGCAGCUACCCCAACCAGUCCAUCCCCCUGCUAGCUAACAGCAGUAUGAAUUGUGGCAGCUGAAUAGUAGGGCUGGCCCUCUGCAAUGGCAAAGAGGAAUCCUAAAUCUUACAGAGCUUGGAAUGUAGGACAUCAUUCUAUUCAUAGAUAUUAGGAGUUUUCGCUGGGCUCCCAAUGCUUUGAAUGCUCUAUAAACUAAAAGAUACAAUAGGAAUCAUUGUCUUGAUCUCUUCUUGUGCCUGUUAAAUGUUAUUUACUGAGAUAGUGUAUUACAGAGCUCCCUUUGCAAUCAACCCACAAAUUUACCCUACUACUGCCUUCCCAUCGUCUUCCUGCAAAUUAUUAUAUGUACUGUGCAGUCACAUCUUUAUGGCUCUAGAGACUCUUACUGUCAUUAUUAGCAGCAGUAAUGGGUAAUCCAGGGCUUACUGUGGCUUAGGAAUAGGUUUGGGGAGAGGGAUGUAAAGCAGAGCUUCUGCAGGGAAGGGAAGGAGGCACAACAGUGAGGCCAGGAGGACAAGUCUGGGCUCUCUUGUGGUUUUAGACUGUUGCUAUGGCAUGUGCCUGGAUCCUGCAGUGCCACAUGCACUUACAUCAGAAAGUUUAAUCUUUGCUCCAGUCCGAAACCCCUACCUGCAGUUAUUUCAUAGUGUGACAACAUUUAAAGAUAAUUGUAUCAUUAUUUCCUUGCAUGUUGUAAGCUUCAGUUUUGAACCACCUCACCCUCCUCAAAAUGUGAGAGACUGCACAGAAACAAGGAAGGAUGUAGGGCUGCCUUCUCACCUUGGGAGCAGUUUGGUUCUGUAUUGCUGUAAUUCUGUCAACUUCAGUACAGUAACUUUACACCUACUCAGUGUUAUUUAGGGUGGGAUCUGUACUGUGCUCUCCUCCCAUGAAGAGUUUACAAGCUGAAUUCACAGCUACGUAGGUGAAAAUCUUAGACAUGCUGGUUUUGUACUGCUUGCUUUCCCCAUACAGCUGCAAGAAAGAACUGUUACAACAUAGAACUGCUUUAGUGCUGCAUGAGGUUCCCGUGUACAACCCCAGUUCUGAAACUAGGCUUUAAUAAUGUCACCUCAGGUGGUAGAACGUGGCAGCUUUUUUACAUGAUGUCUGUCUUGCUUUGAUUUGCACAACUGCACCUUCCAUCCCUGUAAAACAAAAAUGGACUAUUAGUUGAUCCUAUUCUAUUCUAUUCUAUUACCAUGAUAUGCUCCAGCAGGGAAAAGGUCCAAGGUGUUACCCACACACAGUUAGCAUGCUGCUGCUCUCCAAGCUGUCCUAUUGUAUGUGGUGGGUUGCAGGAAAUAUGAAUGCCCAUCAUCAUGCCAUGUCUGGGCUACAGACUAGGCCAAAAUGUCAUAUAAACUUCAGCAGGUAUUGAACAUAGGCAGUGCAGGGUAGCAGAAGGAUGGCUUUACAUGGUCUUGACGGAUCUUCUUGAGUCUGUCCGGACUGCGCUUUGGAAGUAUACUGCACUAGCUUCUCUUCCGGGAAGUUCACUGGAUGUCUGCUAUGUCAGGCGUUCCUGCUUGUCCUUUUUCAGUUGUUCUGUAAUUCUAAUUCAAGUAAUUUAUUUUUAGUGUUGUGGUAAAAGGCCUUUGCUUAAGAAAACAGAGGUCUGGCAAGGAUUAAAACCUGCUUUCUGAGAAAUGACCUGCACUGGUUUCAGGCAUAUGAUGUUCCUCACAGUGCUGUGCCAGACCGGGGCAGUACUCGCUCACCCUCCUCAGAGGAUGUAGUUUUACUUCUAUUGUAACAUGUAUAUUCUGCAGAAGUCAGUCUCCUUUCAGCUGAAGGGAAGAUUGGGAAAGGUGGUGGAAAUGGAUCUAAUUUAUGAAUCACAAAGAACUGAAAUAAAAACAAUGAUAUGUAUUAAAGGCUGAGUCCAUAGAGUGCUGCUGCUAUAUAUUAGAAGUAGUAUUUUAUAUUUUUAUAAUACCUGGUCCCUGCUGAUGUUCUCCCGUGGAUAUACUGUGAUAGGAUUAGUUCCUGACGUGUUGUCCAGGGGGAUCCCUUCUGGGAACCCUCAGGUCUGCAGAGGAGGAGGCUCCUGUAGGUGCUGGACGCUGGAGGGAGUUGGUGGUGUUGGUGCCAUCAGUUUGCCCAUACAGACGUGCUUAGACAAAGAAUCCUGGUGGAAGAUCCACAGCCUUCCAUCCUAAACCCCCAAGGCUGGGCUUUGGUCAGGAGAAAGGACCUUGUGCUGUGAACUGCCUGAUGGCUCCCCCAGUUUCCUCUGUGGACUAUUACAGAUUGGCCCAGCUCUGGGGACGUAUCUCCUGCACCCAUCAUGUUAACUGGCUGUUGAAGUGCCUGUGUCAAAGCAAACUGCUGUGCUCAACCCCAGUAUCUCCAUGUCUUGUACAUGCUGAAAAAGAAUUACCUCUUUCAAAGUAUUUUUGUUAAGAAUGCAAUAAAUAUAUAACACUUUUAACACA